AUGUUGCAGUAUGGAGCCGAUGUUGCAGGUGAUGGAGCAGGCGCUGCUGGCAAUGGACUUGGAGCAGAUCAGGGCGGCGUGCAGGAAGAUGAGGGAGAACGGGUAGGUGUUUGCCGUUGCGUUGCCGAUCGUACGCGUGCCUCUGUUUCGGGCCUGUUUCAGGAGUGCGGCCGAGGUGAUCCGAUGGACGGUGGAGAACGCGAUGCACCGGAGGGCUCUGGAGAUCGCACGCUGCGAGAUGUGUGCGCGAAGGGGAGCACGGUGGCUGUGGUGGAGGACGUGCUGCAGGCGAGCUCGGUGCGCCGCUGCGAGCAGCUGUUUGCGGUGGUCGAGGAGCAUCUGGUCCACUGGAAGACGAGUGCGUUCUGCGAGCCGUGCAAGAAUAUGAUUCUGCGUAUGUGCAACGAUCUGCUGAAGCGCCUGUCGCGCACCGUGCAGACCGGCUUCUGCGGGCGCAUCCUGGUGCUGCUGGCGCGGGCGCUCCCGCUCUGUGAGAAGUCGGGCCUGAACCUGGUCAGCCACUUCAAUCUGGACAACGUCACCCGAUACGACGACGUACAGGCGGAAUGCUGCAGUGCUGCUGCUGAUGCGACCGGAGAUGUGAGCGAUGUCGAAGUGGGCGAGAUACCAGAGCGGUUGGUUCCUUUCUUUGGCUGCGUCGUUGCUUGA